AUGGUGGCAAUAGUGGGUAAAGUUGUGAUCGCCAUUGUUAUAGGUUUGAUAGUGAGGUGGGGUUGGAAAGUACUAAACUGGACAUGGUUGAAGCCAAAGAAACUAGAGAAGUGGCUGAGAGAACAAGGGUAUCAAGGUAAUCCGUACAGGUUAUUGAUUGGUGACAUAAAAGACCUUGCAACAAUGAUGACAGAAGCUAAACCAAAGCAUAUUCAAAUCUCCCAUGAUAUCUUUUCACAUUGUCUUCCUUUUGAUCAUCACGUAAUCACCAAAUAUGGAAAAAGGUCAUUUAUGUGGUUCGGACCAAUCCCGCGGAUUUACGUAACGGAUCCAGACCUUAUAAAGAAGAUUUUAUCAACACCCGACGAUUUUCAGAAGCCACAUCCAGAGCCGAUACGAGAUAGCAUCUUAGGUGGACUUGUUGUCACGGAAGGUCACAAAUGGAUCAAACAUCGUAAAAUAAUCAACCCGGCGUUUCAUCUUGAAAACAUCAAGAGUAUGUUCUCCAUGAUUUGUUCGAGUUGUACCGACAUGAUCAAAAAAUGGGAAUUGUUGACUGUCGAAAGUGGCUCAGCGGAAAUCGAUGUGUGGCCUUAUAUCGAUAACUUAGCUGGAGAUGUUAUUUCACGAACUGCAUUCGGCAGCUGUUAUGAGGAAGGACAAAGAAUAUUCAGAAUUCAGAAAGAACAAAUCGAUCUUAUGACACAACGGUUGCUUACAGUUCAUCUUCCCGGAGGAAGGUUCAUACCAACCAGAGCAAACAGGAAGUUUAAUGAAAAUAACAACACACAACGAAUACUACUAAUGAGUAUAAUUGAUAAGAGGAAGAAAGCAAUGGCGAUCGGAGAAGGUAUAAACAAUGACUUACUUGGGAUCUUACUCAAAUCCAAUAUAAAAAAGAUUAAAGAAGAUGGAGUUGGAAUGAGUAUGGAAGAUGUGAUCGAAGAAUGCAAACUAUUUUAUGUCGCUGGCUCAGAAACAACGUCAAAUUUGAUCGUCUGGACCAUGGUUUGUUUGAGUUUAGAUCAAGAAUGGCAAACAAAAGCUCGAGAAGAGAUUAUGCAAGUGUUUGGUAAUCAAGAAAUACAUUAUGAAGGACUAAAGCACCUCAACAUUGUGACGAUGAUACUAAAUGAGGUUCUUAGACUAUACCCACCUGGAACCAUGGUUACACGAGCUACCCAUAAGGAGACACAGCUAGGAGACAUGAUGAUACCAUCUGGGGUGCAUAUAACCAUACCUAUAAUGCAUGUUCAUCAUGACACUGAACUAUGGGGAGAAGAUGCAACAUUGUUCAAGCCUGAAAGGUUCUUAGAAGGAAUCAUGGGUGCAACCAAGGGCAAAGGGUCAGGUUGUUUUUUGCCAUUUAGUGGUGGUCCAAGGGUUUGCAUAGGGCAAAACUUUGCCAUGAUAGAAGCAAAGACAGCCAUAGCUAAGAUUCUGCAACGGUUCUCGUUUGAGUUUUCUCCAUCAUAUAAACAUUCUCCUUUUUCAUCGUUCACUCUUCCACCCCAGUUCGGCGUUCAUUUAAUUUUACGUGCCGAUGGCCUCUCGCCCUAGUGGCAUUACGUGUUUAUCCACAUCAAAGUGAUGCAGGGUCGAACCCUACAUUGUAAGCAUUAGGUGGAUUUUAUGAGUACUGAUAUGUGUUCGACGUGAAAAAAAAAUAAUAACUAUUGAUGCAAUCUGCAA